AUGUCUACUCAAACCGCUGCGCCUGGUAUUUUGGUUGUGUGUAUUACUUUUUGGCCUUCAUCAUCUUGCCCAUUGCUGAUUGCCAUCAUACAGGUCGGCGCGGGACCUGCAGGGUUAACGCUUGCUCUGACCCUUGCCCGGAACGGCGUACCCGUCCGUAUCAUCGAGAAGCGAGGCGACUUUCACUUAGAGCAGCGUGGUGCCGGCAUCCACCCACGCACCCUGGAAGUGUUCCACUUCCUAGGCAUUCUCGACGAUGUCUAUGCCAAGGGCCGCCCACUGCCCCCGUUCCGUCAGUACAAGCUGCCCGGAGGUGUCGAGACGCUGAGCACGUUCUAUAUCAUCGCUCCAGCGGAGAACACGCCCUCUAUACCUCAUAACAACUCUUAUGUGAUUGGCCAGUGUCACACCGAGGCAAUUCUGCGCUCCCACCUCGCCAAAUACGGCGUCGUCGUCGAGCUUGCUACGGAGCUGCGCAGCUUCGAACAGUUCGAGGGUCAUGUCAAGGCCGUCAUAGUCAGGCACGAAGGUGACAAGGAAGUGGCCAGCACGGAGACCUAUCGCUGGCUGGUCGGAGCGGACGGAGGACGCAGUGUCGUGAGGAAGCAACUUGGCCUGGCUUUCGAAGGUCAGGCCCUUCCUGACCGCCUAAUUCUCGGAGAGCUCUACUUGGAGGGCUUAGACACAGAGCACUGGCACCGGUGGAACGAUUGGUCGAACACCGUGGCUACCCGCCCCACGGAGACCAAGGGGCUCUUCUGGUUCAUAGUUACGGGGAACUUGAACUACGAAGAAGCCCUUUCGGGCUAUGAAGCGCUCCUGAAAGUGAUCAAAAAGAGCAUCCAGCGCACGGACCUGGUCUUCGGUGAUCUCGUGUACAUGACCGAGUAUAGGCCGAACGUGCGCAUGGUGAAUAAGUUAGGGGAGGGCCGCGCAUUUUUGGCUGGAGGUAAGUCUAUCUGUGAAUGCCUGCUUGUCCAGGAUGCCUUCAACCUCGGAUGGAAGCUGUCCUUGGUCGAGAAGGGCUACGCGCCAACAACACUCCUAUCGACCUACUCCGAAGAGCGCCUGCCCGUCAUCAAGCGUAUGAUCGACGAGACGAAGGCCAUGUACAAAAUCGUCAUGAACGGCCCGCGCGACAAGCCUCGUGGUGCGGGCGAGGAGGACGCUGCCUGGCGUGGUCGGCAGGACCAGCUCAAGCAACUCGGGAUCAACUAUCGCUGGAGCUCCGUCCUCGUCGAUGAGAUCCACGCCGUGGACACGGAGGAGGCGAAGAAGGAGACCGUCGACGCGUAUGGAGCCCUCGGCGGCGACGGUCUUCACGCGGGUGACAGGGCCCCUGACGCCCCUGCGUUGGUUCACCUCAAGGCCGGCGAUUCCGACACUCGCUCGACGUCCCUGUUUGAUAUCUUCGGCCCAACGCAUCACACCAUCCUGCUUUUCUGCAGUGAUGAGCCCGCAACGGAGGCUGUGCUCGAGGCCUUGAGGUCGUACCCCCGCGAGCAGGUCCAUGUCUUGGUCAUCCAUCCUAAAGACGCGUCGGCUGCGUCUGUUACGGGUGGCGCGGAUUUAGUCUUGCAAGACAGCGAGGGACAUGCUUACUCGGCAUACGGUGUGACGGACGGACGACCUCUAGGUGUCAUUGUCAGACCUGACGGAGUAAUUGGAGGAAUGGUCCUUGGGGUGGGAAUGAAGGAAUACUUCAGCAAGGUUUUCACUCCUACUACCAACUAA